GCUCGAGUGAGUUAGCUUCGGGCUAGUUAGCUAGCAUCAGUCGUGGGCUUGGAGUCACAUUUACAAGAUGGCAACCGAAGCGAAGCGACCCAAGGUAGAUGAUGGGUCACAGAUGGAUCCGCUGCAGAGCUUUCUACAGUGGUGCAACAGAGUGGGCUUGGUACUCAGCAGUAAGGUGUGUGUGAGUAAAGAGGGAACAGUGGCAGAUUAUGGGAUGCUGGCUAAGGACAACAUAGAGGAGGGGGAGGUUUUAUUCACCAUCCCCAGAUCAGCUCUUCUCCACCAGGAAACAACCAAGGUCUCUGCCCUGCUGGAGAAAGAGAGGUCAUGUCUAGAGAGCUCCUCUGGCUGGGUUCCCCUGCUCCUGGCUCUGCUGUAUGAAUACACAUCCCCACAGUCCCACUGGAAACCCUACCUCUCCCUGUGGAGCAACUUUAAGACGCUGGAUCACCCGAUGUUCUGGUCUAAGGAGGAGAGAGACAGACUGCUGAAGGGAACAGGUAUCCCAGAGGCUGUGGACACAGACUUGGCGAACAUCCAGAGGGAAUACACAGACGUGGUCCUUCCCUUCAUCACCAAGCAUCCUGACCUCUGGAGCCCCAGCACACACACACUGGACCUGUACACACAGCUGGUGGCCUUUGUCAUGGCCUACAGUUUCCAAGAGCCACAGGAAGAGGAGGAUGAUGAAGACGAUGAGGAGGAGAAGGCCCCAAACCCACCGAUGAUGGUUCCCAUGGCCGACAUGCUUAACCAUGUGUCCAAUCACAAUGCUAAUCUGGAGUUUACACCGGACAGUCUGAAGAUGGUUUGCGUGCGCCCCAUUCAGAAAGGCGAGGAGGUGUUUAACACCUACGGGCAGAUGGCCAACUGGCAGCUGCUGCAUAUGUACGGCUUCACGGAGCCGUAUCAAAGCAACAGCAACGACACCGUCGACAUCCCCAUCAGCAACCUCUACAAAGUCGCCACACAAGGUAUUCAGUCUGAUCUGGACCGGCAGUUGGUGGAGGAGCAGUGGGAGAUGCUGUCUGAGAUGAUGCAAGAGAAAGCAGCCUUUGUCUUUGGCAAACAGGGCUGCCUUACAGACACAGAGCUACAAACUGUGCUCAAGGUGCUGUGCAUGUCAGCGGAGGAGUUCUCAGAGUUCAAAGAUAAUGAAGGGUGGGAGGAAGAUGAUGAGGACGACGAGGCUUCCCUCGCUUUCUCUAACGAGGGUCUGCCUGGAUUAAAGGCUUCGUGGAAAUGGCUCAUUCAUGAAGCAGCCCGUCUGACUUUGAGGUCCUAUGGAGACGAGGAGGAACAGGGCGUGAAGAGCGACCAGGCGCUGAUGGAGGACAAGGCAGCAUUUAAAGGACUGAGCAGCAGGCAGCAGAACGCCCUGCAGGUACGCUGUGGACAGAAGAGCAUCCUGCACAGACUGGUGGAGCUCACCAAGUCAUGACUUCAGCUGCAGCAGGGAGCAGGAGUUUGGUUUUUAUAUCAACGGGGAAACUGAAAUGUCUCAAAACACACUGUCAAUAAAUGUUUUUACUGAA